AUGACUGAACUAUUGGGAGACAUUUCUACGAAGUUGCAUGGUCUAACUCUACCGAUUGGUCUUGAAGCGUAUCCCUUUAAGAUUGGAUGGUACAAUGAUGAAGUUCAUAAAAGUUUCCAUCUAGAGUAUGACUAUGAUACUCUUGCCUUCUCUUUAGUCAGUCUACCAAAGAUGUUUGAUAUCCUAUUUUGCCCAUUUCUUGAGCAGUGGGAUGGCAAGGGAGGUAAUGAUGCUUUAGAUGAAUGUAUGAGGUUCUACCUGAACAAACUGAAAAGUAACUUUACAGAUGUUGAAUUAAUACAUGAUUUUGAAUUCCACCACUCAAAAAGACCAAAAGUAUUGGUACAGACAGCAGGACAUGUGUCUGGCGGCGUUUUCUAUUUUCAAAGAAAAGAUAUAAAACAUAGUGACCCAUGGCCUGAAAAUAGAAAAAUAUGUGGAGUUUGUCUUCACCCAAAAUAUGGGGGAUGGUUUGGCCUAAGAGGAAUCUUGAUUUUUAAAAAUGUCAAAGUUCCUAACCUGAUGAAGAAAGAAUUAGAAUGUUUUCUCUCUAAUGAACAAAUAAUAAGCCUGCUAGAUAAAUUUAAUAAUUCCUGGAGAGAUGGGACAUUUAGGGAUGUCAUAGAACCUCUGGAACGAUAUUCCACAUUGCAGCAAAAAUACUUUAAUGUCACUCCUGAUGAAAGGCUUGAACUAAUUGAAAAAAUGAAGUAUGGAACACCAGUUUAA